CCUCUUUGGCUUUGGGCCUCUGUGUACAGGCUUUGCUAGCUUAAAGACUAGGCUAGCUACUGACAACUGCUCAAUACUGAUAUUUCUUGUACAUUCCUGUUCUGUUUAGAUGUGACCUAUGCGACUUGUGUCUUAGAAUAUACUGUACUUUCCUCAUGGCCUCCCCUGCAGUUCUACAGUACAGGUUGUAUUUUUAUCAACGCAUAAUAAUAAGGACAUGCUGCACAGUCAAAGAACACCAACCAACGCACCUGAGUUAUACACGAAGGAAAUACAGUUGGUGUGUCACUCAACAAGAACGGAAAGCCAUCUCUUCAAAUGCUAUGCAUUGCUGGAGAAGCUUUUUCAAUGGCCAGUCUCGAGGAAUAUUUGGGAAAAGUGGUGGGAGCUCCAAACAGCAAACUCUUGAGGACAUUGCAAAGGGCAUCAAAGAACAGGAAUACAAGAGGGUUGUGGUGAUGGCAGGAGCAGGGAUCAGCACACCCAGUGGCAUUCCAGAUUUCAGAUCUCCUGGCAGUGGUCUUUAUGACAACCUUCAGCAGUACAACCUACCUUAUGCAGAGGCUAUUUUCGAAAUCAACUACUUCCACCACAACCCCAAGCCCUUCUUUGCUCUGGCCAAAGAGUUGUACCCAGGAAACUAUCAACCCAACCUGACCCACUAUUUUGUUCGUCUUCUUCAUGACAAGGGACAGUUAUUAAGGAUGUACACCCAGAACAUUGACGGAUUAGAGCGAAUUGCAGGCAUUCCUCCCAACAUGCUGGUUGAGGCACAUGGAACAUUUGCCACUGCCACCUGCACUGCAUGCAGAAGGGAUUAUAAAGCAGAAGAACUGCAUGCAGAUGUGAUGAAAGGAGCCAUCCCAAAGUGCCCCACCUGCAAGGGGGUGAUAAAGCCUGAUAUUGUGUUCUUUGGGGAAGAGCUUCCCCAGUACUUCUUCAUGUACCUCAAAGACUUCCCUAUGGCUGAUCUGCUUAUCAUAAUGGGUACUUCCCUGGAGGUGGAGCCAUUUGCCAGCCUGACAGGUGCGGUGCGGGGCUCAGUGCCGCGCCUGCUGGUCAAUCGGGACCUGGUGGGUCCCUUUGCAUGGGGAUCCCCACGGCCCAAUGAUGUGGCGGAACUUGGGGAUGUGGUUAGUGGAGUGUCAAAGCUGGCGGAUGCUGUGGGCUGGACAGAAGAGCUGAAAGCCCUCAUUGCUGCUGAGACGAAAAAGGUUGGUAAGAAUAGGCACCACUACUGACAUCUCAAAUACAAAUGGUCUGUUUUGUUUUUGUUUUCUCUAUAAAGGAGAAUGAAGAAUGAGAUGCCUGGUGUUUCUGUCUCUGCCAACCAGUAGGCACCAGCCUAAACUCAGGAUCCAAUCACAUGGUCUGUUUAACUGUAAUAUGCACACUACUGCACAUCUGCGGAUAGGGUAGAAUUAUCUUCUUUUAUACUCUUCUCUGUAUCUGUCUAUAUUGUGGUGGAAUACAAUGUUCUUGGGAUGAUAUGAAGGCUCACCUUAGCUAAUAGCUAAUCUAAAUCUUUCUCACGGAGCUAGGCAUGCUAGCUUAUGGCACUCUUCCAUGCACAUAUUUUGGAAUGUUGGUUUGUGAUUUAAGAAGCUUUGAAAGUAUUUAUGAGCAUACUUAUGAGCAUGCUCUAGUAAGUAAGUUUGAGGACUGUGAGGUGCAGCUCCCUAUGAAAGUCCUUCUACCACUGAUAGUGAAUGAAGGAAGAUGCUUUCAUUGUGGCUUGGAGUAGCCUACUAGAGAUUGUGCUGAUCAUUUCAUUACCAUGUUUAUGAGAUGUAUUUCUUUAUUUAUGUUGAAUUUCCUACAUAAUUUUAAGGUGCUAAUGGUUUUUAUAAAUAAAAUACUCCUUCAAAAAGGGUUCAAGAUGCUCUUCAUAAAGACACAUUUCCCCCUUCAAACUUC